AUGUUCACCAAUCGCGAGGGCUUCAACAUCGACGCCGUCUGCACGACGCUCAGCCACGUCGUCAACCACCGCACCGCCGUCCCCGUCGCCCUCAGCCUCUCUCUCGAGCCCAUCCUCGCGCGAUGGGCGCCGGCCCUCCUCCAGACUCUCCUGCACAACGACACCGCCGCCCGCCUCCUGCGCCUCGCCGCUUCGCACCCGUCCCUGCGCCGACCCGCCUGGGCCGUCGGCCUGCUCACCUCUGCGUACGCGCUCAGCCGGUGGCUGUCGCACAAGAGCACCAACAACUGGGUCGAGGACGCGACCUGGGACUUUGACCGCGAGAUCGUGCUCAUCACCGGCGGCAGCAGCGGCAUCGGCGCCGCCGUGGCGCAGGAGUUUCUGCGCCGCAACAAGCGGACCGCGGUGGUCGUCGUGGACGUCGGCCCGCUCAAGUGGGAGGUGCCGGCCGGGAGCGCCGGCCGGUUGCGCUUUUACGAGUGCGACUUGACGGACGCCGAGGCCGUGGCGGCCAUGGCGGACAAGGUGCGCGCCGAGGUCGGCCACCCGACGGUGCUGUUCAACAACGCGGGCGUGGCCAGGGGCGCGCCGGUCCUGCUGGCGGCGCCGGCGGACUUGGAGCUCGUCAUCAAGACGAACCUGCUGGCGCAGUACUACGUCACGCAGCAGUUCCUCGGCGACAUGGUGCGCCGCGACCACGGACACAUUGUCUACUCGGGGUCCCUGAGCUCCGUGAUCGCCGGCCCGAGCAUCGGCCCUUACUCGUCCACCAAGGCGGGCCUCUCCGCCCUACACGACGCUCUUCAGCUGGAACUCAAGUUCAUGUACGACGCGCCGCGGGUCCGCCAGACGCUGGGCAUCUUUGGCUUCAUCCGCACGCCCAUGGUCGGCGCGGCGGCCAAGGGCGGCAGCUUCGCGGUUCCCUUCCUCGAGGUCGAGACCGUGGCCGAGGCCAUUGUCGACUCCGUCUACAGCACGUACUCGCACACGAUUUACAAGCCCGGCGCGGCCGCCUUCAGUGCAAGCUUGCGAGGUGCUCCUGCGUGGAUGUUGACGAAUUUCCGCUUCGGCUUCGGGGUGGGCUUGGCUAAACUGCGCAUGCCGGCUUUUGAAGAGCAGAUUCGCAAGAUUACGCAGAGGUAG